AAUAUACGCAAAGAAAUUUGUUUUUUAUAAAGAAAAGAGAUAAAGAUAAAUUAUUUGGUCAUCAUAUUGUAGAAUAGUACUUGAUUUUGCUUGGUGUUAGUUUACAUGGUGUCAGUCAAUAUUAUGUCGGGUCUCGUCGUUUAAAGUCAAUAACUAAACGUAAAGGCAAGACAAGAUUUUGCAGACGAGUGAUGUUCCAUUUCUUUUUCUGAAUACAGAGAUGUAAAGGGAUGUCCAUGGACGAAGAAAUACAUUUUAAAUCAGUCAUAGAUACAGAUUUCAAGCUUUCAAUUCUCGACAGACUAAAUAGUCUAAGGAAAGAAAACGUCCUUUGUGAUGCCGUGAUUCAAAUUGGUGGCAAGACCCAUCCAGUUCAUAAAAAUGUUCUUUGCGCCGCGAGUCCGUUCUUUCGUGGCUUAUUUACCAAUGACAUGCAGGAAAAGAACCAGGAACACAUCGAAUUGCAAGUUAUAAGUGGCGAUGUUGGCGAAGAAGUAAUUUCUUUUAUGUACACGGGUGCAAUCAAAGUGGAGAAGGAGAACGCUCAAGACAUUGUCAUGGCUGGGGAUUUUUUACUGAUCCCAAGUUUAAAGUCGGCUGCUGCUAGAUUUCUCGAGGCAACAUUGAACGCGGAAAACUGCGUUUUUUUGAGGGACUUUGCCAUCAGAUACAAUUGUAGUGCCUUGGGAGAAGCGGCAAACUGUUUAAUUGAUCGGAGCUUUGUUGAUAUUUCAAGAGCCAGCUAUUUUAGGGAACUGAGUUAUGAAACAGUUGUCGAAUUGGUGUCUCGUAAUGAGAUUAAUGUGUCAAAAGAAGAAGAAGUGUUGACUGCUAUUUUUCGCUGGAUUAAGCAUGAACCAAUAGCACGUAAGCAAUACAUACACUCCUUGAUUGGGAAAGUGCGUAUGUUCUCUCUCUCCAAGUACACCAUCCAGGAAUGUUUGUAUGAGGAAAAUUUGAUUUUUGAAGACCCUAUUUGUACACAGAUGUUCAUUGAGGGAUUGCAAAUACAUCUUUUUCCAGACAGCAUGUUGAAUAAGCUCAUCCGCCCACGUGACUCUCUCUGGGAUACAGCCUUUAUGGUGGUGAUUUCUGGAGGUCACAGUGCCCCCAUGAAACCCAUCCCUCACUUAUUGGCAUAUGAUUUGAUUUCUGGUGUCUGGUAUCACUUUCCAUCCAGCAACCUAAGUGUGCCUCGGACAAGACACUGUGCUACAGUUUGUGAAGGUUACCUCUAUAUUUUAGGUGGCACGCCCUGCCAGAUCAUGGAGAAAUUUGACCACCGCUUAAAGAGUUGGAGUCAUGACUUUAGUGACAUAGACAAUCCUGUUAUGCAUGCAGCUGUGGUUACCCACAAGGAGAAGAUCAUUCUGAUUGGUGGGGAAAACCGAUUGAAUGAGGCUAGCAAUGUGUUAAGCAUUGUCCAGGAAUAUGACCCAAAAGUGAACAAAUGGCGAUAUCUGGCCAAAAUGAAAUGUGGCCGUGCAGCUCACAUUGCUGCUUUAAUUGGUGACCAUAUAUAUGUGGCAGGUGGGUUUGGGGAUAAAAGUGUCCAUGGGUGUGGUGAGAAAUACAGCAUUGAGACAAAUGAGUGGGUCGGCAUUGCAGACAUGCAAUCUAGGCGUCGGUUUGCUGCAGGCUGUGCCAUUAAUGGUAAACUAUUUGUAGCUGGAGGAUAUCACGCUGAGGACUGGAUUGCAUACUCUAGUUGUGAGAUAUACAACCCUGCUAGUGACCUUUGGUGCAUGGUGUCUAAUAUGCCCGAGCCUAGGGCUGCCUGUGGAGUAGUUAAAAUUGAAGGGAGUGUUUUCCUUUUCGGAGGUGAAAAUGGUGGUAGGCCAAAUGAUAAGCUAGGCAGUGUAGUGCAGUACAGUGUUGAUAAUGAUAGCUGGGAGUUGCAGAGACCCAUGCCAGAAGUUCGGUCUUGUCUACAGGCUUGUACAGUGUACCUUCCAAGACAGACAUUUCUUACUCUAGAACCUAAAUCAGAUGAAGAGUUGUUUCUUUAAUUUUAGAACUGUUACCUUAAAAUUUUGUAGUCAAAACUACUGUUAAAGUUAGAUCUCUUGGGUGCCUCUCAUCUUUUUUUCUCUAUGAAUUGGUGGGGGUAGGUAUUUCAAAUCCAACUUUUUACUGGCUUUGAAACUAGUUAUAUAGGCCCUUUUGUUGUAUGUGUCCGACCUGUAUAACAGAUGUUUAAGCAGUGUAGCAGAUGUUCAUUUUAAUUUGUAACACCGGAGUGUCAAUCCAUCUUACAAUUACAAAAGCUCUAUUUGUUGUUCAAAUUUUGAAUAUCACAUGAAAAAAUCAUGAUCCCCUGACAACUAUAUAUUUUUCCAGAAUAAUAAGAUAUUUGAUAAUGUUUACACUUGCAUAAUGCUAUUUGUUUUCUACUCCAAGGGGAAGUUUUGCACAUGUGGUAGGGCAUAUUCUUUUAUAAGAUAGCCUAGAAUUGAAGGAGGCUAUAGAGAUGUUACAGUUAUAUAAUUUUGAAGGCAUUAGGUAGCAAAACAAUCAAAGAAGUAUAUAAAGUUCAAAUAUAUCUGUUUUUUGCAAAUAUGGUACUCGAGGUACAUAGGAAAAUGGAACCCUGCAGUUUGCUUUGACGGUAGUUAAUGAACAUUUAUUGUAAAAUAACUUUAAUAAAGAGCAGACUGGAGA